CCAAGAAUCUAAGAAUUUGUUUGUUAUUGUUUAUGUUUAUUAUUUAGAAUUUGUUAGUUGAUGUAGACAAUUUAAAUAACCAUUCAAAUUGGACCAAAGUGUGAACAAUAGUAAUAAUCACUUAAAUUGGCGAAUGAAAGAGAAUGGCUGAAAGUUCAAAUCAGCAAAACUUGCUCAAUGAAGAUAUGUCUCGCUUGUCAAAACGGAGUGCUGAUGAAACUAUCGAAAUCAGUGAUGGCAAAUUUUUUGAAUUUGGUUUCAAAAGUAUAGUUCAAUCAAAUGGAACGGAAUGGAAAAAAGUGCUGGAAAAUCCUACAACAGUCGAUCAUCUGCAAAAUAUAAUAAUGGAAAAGUUUCGCGUAGAAGAAGAAAGAGCCGAAAUCGAAGAAAGUGGUGAUGUUGAACUCAUGAAGUGGGUCCCAGUAGAACCCCCUAGUAAGAAAUGUAAAGUUGAACCAACCUGUAUUUCCAAAUCGGUUGGACAGGAUCUCGUGAAGUAUGAACAUUAUGGAAAGUAUUUCGACGAAUGUAGUGAACACCUUUCCAAAAGUGCAGCAAACUUCAGUAAUGUUAAAAACUUCAAUGAAUGGUUUUAUUAUGAAUGGGAGGCCCAGUUGUAUGGCAUUCGGAAUUUGGUACAGCAAGAAAUAUACCGAGAAGAAAUGAAGAAGUAUCGGAACACAAAGGACCAGCAAAAGAAAGAAAGUUAGCUUUCUAGCCACAUUGUGGCGGAUGGCAGAUUUAUAUCAAAACAUUUUAGAACAAAGUGAAUAUUUAUUUUUAUAUAAUUCUAAGACACAUGUUAAUAUAGGGAAAAUAAAAAUUCAGAAACUGAAAACUAGUAAGAGACAUUAGAUAAAAAACAAAAAGUAUAUUUAAAAUCAAAUAGACUAUAGUGGUUGAAACAUUUUGUUAUGAAAAGAGAAAGAAGAAUUUCGAAAUGAGAUUUGAAUUUUA